AUGGGUGCUAAGGACAAGAUGUCCCUGUACUCGCCGCCGCCGCCGCUUCGCACUAGCGAUCAGGACAAGCCAACCUUGCUGGUUUGCUGGUGGAUCACCCUGUUCUGCAUCACGAUAAUCUUGUUCCGCGUCGCCGGCCGAUUCAUCCGAUCCGAGAAGCUCUUUAGAGAAGACAAGAUAGCGGCGCUGGCUAUCGUCCCGCUGUGUCUCCGCAUGGGAUGCGUCCAUAUUAUCCUCCUCUACGGCACCAACAAUGCCCAAUUCGCCGAGCUGACCCACGAUGAGUUGCGUACGAAGUCUAUCGCCAGCGGUUUAGUUCUGGCUAGUCGGGUUCUCUACGCGGCAACGCUCUGGAUUCUCAAGUUCGCCAUUCUCGACUUUUUCAAACGUCUGACAAGUAUCACCUGGAGACGUUCGCACGAAAUCACUUUGGCCUUCAUACAAGGUACUCUGGUCGCGACAUUCGUGGCCAUCCUCAUCGCAGAUUUAGCAGAGUGCCAGCCGUUUGAGCACUACUGGCAGGUUAUGCCCGACCCCGGCGGCCAAUGCCGUCAGGGGUACGCCCAACUUCUUACGAUGGCGACGUGUAAUAUCGUAACCGAUCUCCUCCUCGUCUUCUAUCCAGUUCCGAUCAUACUCACAAGCCACAUGAGCACCAAGAAAAAGCUGCAGCUCACCUCGCUGUUUUCGAUAAGUUUGACCGUGGUAGCAACCACGGGGUAUCGGGUCCCGGCGAUAAUUCGUCAAGAUGGAAGCCAGCAGAUUCGCUCCUUGCUGGCUUCGGUUGAACUCCUGUUCGCAACCGCCGCUGCGAAUACCCUGGUACUUGGGUCCUUCGUCCGGGAUCGCGGCGUAAAGAAAACCAAGUACAGGCAUAACUCUAUUGCCGCCGAAUCCACCGAUCGGGGAUCCGAGCUUAGGCCCACGCUCCAUAGGCGUUGGGGCAGCGACGAAGACCUCGUGAGAGACUUGGGACUGAGCGUGGACCGCGAGCUCCGCAGUACUAUGCAGAUCCGGAACGAAGGCGACAAGCUUCCUAAACCAGCGGCGGCUAUAGACCACUGGCAGUUCCCCCUCCGCGUCCCUAGUUCUGCCGCGCGAAGCGACGAUUCUCUCCUCCCUAGUGACCAGUUCGGGGUAUCACGAAGCAACUCGACUCUUACCGCCCGCAGAGUCUCUUUCUUCGACGUGGGCGGGCUGCUAGACAGCGAGCCGUCUCAAAGCGUACGAGAGAGCUAUAACUCGAGCUUCGAGCCAUCCUCCGCGACCCCCCCUUCGCCCGUUAUGCAAGCGCCCCCUAGCGGUCUCCGACGUGGUUCUCAGUUGCUACUGCAAGAUCUAGGUGGUCUUCUCGCCCCCUUCGGUUCCCGGCAACCCCGCUCCAGCUCUAGAAACGGGAUCGAACUAGAGCCUAUACCACAACACCCCGGAGAAACAUUCGUCGAACCUGGCAAGAGCCCUGAUACGCCAGUCCUUACGGACGCUAGAGAGUUAGCGAAGUGA